AUGGUAGAAAGACAAGGGUAUGCUCUUGCGCUGCUUGCGCAUGAUAAAGCCAGACAACCAAUGAAAAUUGCAGCUUGCUACGUCAUUACUACGUGGCAAAUUCAAACACUUAAAGAUAAAAUAAAUGAUUAUAGUAGCGUCGAUACAUUAAGGAAUAAGCGAAAUGAUUUCACGAGAAUGAUAAACAAUUGUUUAUUUCUAGGAUAUGGCUCCUUAGAAACUGCUUUGCAAACAAAUGGAAAUGUCAUAAAAUUGCUAAAAAGUGUUUUUCCGAUGCAUUCGAUAAAUAGCGACGUAAAACUGUCUACAAAAAAUAGUUCCGAUCAAAAUUUACCACCAACUGAUAAAUUUUGUAGAACCAAAUUGCUUUUAUCGUUAUGGCAGAUGGUAGAAGAAAAUUAUCCUGUACCGUUGAAAGGAACAUUAGCAGAAAGAUACGGUUCGUACUUAUUAACGAAAGAUGUUUAUGAAGAGGCCACGUCGACAUCGCCAAUGUUCGGCUUAGACUGCGAAAUGUGCCUGACAACAAGCGGCAAUCUGGAGCUCACUAGAAUAAGUAUCGUGGAUGAGAGCAUGAACGUUAUUUACGACAGUCUGGUGAAACCGGACAACCCGAUAACGAACUAUCUGACUCGGUACAGUGGUAUUACUGCGGAUAUGUUGGACGAUGUCACGAUUACAUUGCACGACGUUCAGCAGACACUGAGGACGUUACUUCCUCCAGACGCGAUUCUCGUAGGGCAAAGUUUGAAUUCCGAUUUGCAUACAUUAAGAAUGAUGCACCCCUAUAUCAUCGACACUUCCGUAAUAUUCAAUCUUACCGGAGACAGGUAUAGGAAAACGAAAUUGCAGAUCUUGGCACGCGAGUUCCUCGGGGAGAAUAUUCAAGACAAUAAAGCUGGGCAUUGCUCGACGGAGGACUCGCAGGCUUCUAUGAAAUUGGUGAAGUUGAAGCUGGCGAACAGUGUGGAUUAUGGGGACGCAGUAUUGCUCGGCGAUCGCAGUAUGAGAGUCUUGAAAAUGGAAACGGAUAACGAGAGGUCGAAGCGGGCAUUGCAAAAGACAGAAAUAAAGAAAUACGCCACGUCGAUAUUCAGUCAUAUAACGAAAAAUAAAGGCACCACCGCCGCCAUCGUGGGCAACGAUGAAGUGAUGUCAGAGUAUUCCAAGUAUUUAACGAACUCUUCUCUCAAUGUCAUGGACGACGAAAGUUUCGCGAAAGAUGAUCAAGUACGUCUCGUGAUAGCAGAUAGCGAUAAACACGCUGUAGACCGGACCUCGGAAAUAGCGAUGGAGCACGCUUUCGUGUUGUGCCACGUGAAAAUUAAAGAGGAACAAUUGAAAGAUGAACGGCUAGAGGAAACGUUUCGCACUGUAAAUAAAUGGAUUCACAAAGUUUGGCAAUAUAGUGCGAUAAACAGCCUCGCAUGCGUGAUAUUUAGUGGACAAAAUACUGCAAACGGUUCUUGUUUCUUGAGUAUCAAGACAGAAAUAUCGCCGGACAUCGUCAUACGAGCUUAAAAAGGAAAGCUGAUGAAAUCGUUAAACUGUCUUGAGAAUUGUCUUGUGAAUAUGAAAAAAAAUAAACUAAUUUUUGUUAAUAUUGGA